CCCCACACAUUGCCUUUGGUUUUCUCCCUCUCUUGCCAUUUCUUCAUUGAUUUGUGUUAGUCACCUGCCUCUCCUUUUCUUAUAUUGGACAAACUAAUAAUUAUAGAAUAAUUCUUUUAGCUGGGAGCCAGCUGCACAAUAGAAAAGGUGACUGUCACAGCAGUUUAUCAAGUGCAUUACACACCUGCACUGUGCAUUAUUCUGUGUUGGCAGCGAGUUUUAUUAUGACAUUUAGGAAGUCAUAAUCAGGUGGAAAUGAUGAUAAUAACAUUAGUAAGUUUGUGUCUUGUAGAUAUGAUACAUAAACCAAAAGAUUUAUAAGAUUAUAAAUGUGCAUUGCGUCGUGUUAUGUGUAUGGGUGCUUUUGAUACAGUCUUCUGCUUUUUCAGUGGCAGUGACCGUGUAAGGCAUGUUGUGUAUCUGACAGUUUUUCUUUGAUUUUGGCCUUUGCUUUCUAUUGGGAUUCAUUUGGGAUGAAAUUUUACUAACAUUUAGAUGAGUGGGCUCAAGAGCUAUCUGGGAUACUAUUGCCUCUAACCCUCAGGCUGCUCUCUGCUUAACCUCAUUCUCCUGGAUGAGAACUAAGAUUUUUACCUUCUUAUACAAAGAAAAUUCCUUAAUAAGCUCUGGUAUUUUUACGUAAGUCCUUUUCACUUUAUACCAAUGUUCUUGCUCUUUAUUUCCCCCACCUUUCUCCAAAUACUUCAUCUGGAAUUUAUCUGAAAUACCAGCCAUCUUGGCUUUGGUGUGCUUACAGAAGUGUUGCCAUCAGUUGCAGGAUGGCAUUGAGCAAUAUGCCUGCUCCCUGUCUCACAGUCGUCUUCUGGUCAAAGUGUUUGGUAGGAGCAUCGCCCCUGGCAUGCAUAGGCAGACUGAGCAGUUCCUGGCUCCAUUAGGUUUGCUGCGUGUGUGCUGGGUAGCUCUCCUGUACCUUCAUAGUAACACUCAUGCUGUUCCUUAGAAACAUUUGAUUUUCCUGUGUGCAUACCGUAUGCUCGUUCUGUGUUAUUCCUGUGGCAGAGCAGAAGGGGAUGAGAGGCUCCUAUGUCUCAUGGCCUGUUGCUGCCAUCAGUUUGUAUAGUUCACCCCAUGCUCUUACAUUUGGAGAAUUCGGCCAAGAAUGCUGGGUGAGAAGUGGGUAGGCUUUGGUCACAGACUGUCUACAGGCUGUAGUGUGUGUAACCUCUGAGUUUCAGAGUUAUUCAGCUGGCUCAUCCAUUUCAAUACAAAUGAUAAGCUGUUCAGAACUAUCAAUGUAAGCAGUGAGAGAGAUGCAUUUUCCUGAGACGUCUAAUGACAUCAUCACCUCAUUCCUCAGCUCAUUUCUCAUUUAUCCUUUGAAGCUACGGAAAAUGUUUUAAUAAGCUUUGCGGUGUCCUAAUAUAGUUGCUAAGAGCUGUAACAUAUUUAACCAGUAGAUUUAAAAAUAAAAUACAUACAUUUUAUGUCUGUUAAGUCUGGCAAUGUGGCUUCAAAUAAGCAGCCUCCUAUUUUAUAGUGCACAGGAUGCAGACAACCCCCCCGCCUCCCCUCCCUCCCUCCGCACACAGUGAACUUAAAUGAGUCAGACUGUAGUCACUUCUGCUUCUUGUCUCAUUUAAGGAGUGAGUGUAUACAAGAACAGUGUUAAUAGGCAAUUUUCUACUGGUACACUUAACUUUAUUGUUUUCAUUCUCAGGAUGUGAUCUUCAUGGUGAACUGGUGUGAAAACUGAGUUGUAAAUCACCCCAAUGGAUGCGGACAGUGAUGUUGCAUUGGACAUUUUAAUCACAAACGUAGUGUGUGUUUUUAGAACAAGAUGUCAUUUAAACUUGAGGAAGAUUGCAUUAGAGGGAGCAAAUGUGAUAUACAAGCGUGAUGUUGGGAAAGUAUUAAUGAAACUUAGAAAACCUAGGAUUACAGCCACAAUUUGGUCCUCAGGAAAAGUUAUUUGCACAGGAGCCACAAGUGAAGAAGAAGCUAAAUUUGGUGCCAGACGAUUAGCUCGUUGUCUACAGAAACUAGGUUUUCAGGUAAUUUUCACAGAUUUUAAAGUUGUGAAUGUUUUAGCAGUGUGCAACAUGCCCUUUGAGAUCAGAUUGCCAGAAUUUACGAAGAAUAACAGACCUCAUGCUAGUUAUGAACCAGAACUUCAUCCUGCUGUGUGCUACAGAAUAAAAACUCUCAGAGCUACCUUACAGAUUUUUUCAACUGGCAGUAUCACAGUUACAGGGCCAAACGUAAAGGCUGUCGCCAGCGCUGUGGAGCAGAUUUACCCCUUCGUGUUUGAAAGCAGAAAAUAAGUUUUAUAACUCACCACUUGAUGGUUAGGUUUCCUAACCAAGCACCUUUAAAGACUGCUGCACAUUGGACUAAAAGCAAAAAGGAAAACUGGACCAACUAUAGCAGAAGAAUACAGACUUUUCUCUUGUUCAUGGCCACAGUAUAAACUCCAGUCCUUUUGGAUUUUACUCUUAACAGUGCUGUAUUGUAAAAACAGAAGUUUACAAGAUAUGAAAUUGCUGCUUUUAAAAAGACAUUCUAUUUAUUUUUGCAGUAAUUUCUGUGUAUUCAUAAGCAAAGCUGUCACGAUGUGCACUACCUUAAAAACUUUUUUUUUUAGUUUGAGCUUGUGUUUUAUUUGUGAAUAGUCUUUUACAUUUUUGUAUGCUGAAUAUUGGGCACCAAAGAAGCUGUAAAAGUUAUCUUUUUCACCUGAUGAAUGUGCACAAAUAAAAGUUUGGAAAAUAUUUCUCUUCAUACCUGUUCUGUUAUAUUCCUUUCCUUUUUUCUAUUACAUUAAAAUUGUAUAGUUGCAAAUUAAUUUGAAACAAUGUAAGAUGGUCUUUUGCUGAUAACUUCUGUUUCUAUUUGUAGUAUGUGUAAAAUUUUGUGUGUGGGUUAGAUCGAAAUCUAUAGUAGUUACAUAUGUUUAUCUGAAGAUGAAAUUUGGUUUGUUCCCAGUUCGCUCAACUACAUGCCAGAUCAAGUAUUUUCUUGCUGUUAAGAGAAGACAUUUCUAAAUAAUGGAAAUCUUCAACAGGUGUUUUGCUGUAGAUGAUGAGGAAAUCUUACCAACUAAAGAAGCUAUCAUAGAAAAAUCAACCACCUUGUACACCUACUGGAUAUGAAAGGAAACAAAAGUUACUAUGUGAGCCUCCGUGUUUUGGAAAGCAUUACACUUCAACUCAAGAAAACUAAUCCAGUCCCAGCCUAUUGCUUAAUGACAAACAUAGGCCUUUUCUGCACUCAAGUUACUAUAUAAUGUUUUCAUGACAGGAGCUGCCAACAAGCAAAGAAGCUUGAUUCUGGCAUGUAUUAUUGGUAUGAAUCUUGGACAUGGAAGCCAGUAGAUGUUUCUCUCAAUAAGUGCACAUUUGAAGCAGAAGAGAGGUGAAUGCUUAAAAGAAACUGCAAAUGCUACUUUUAAAAAAUUAAAAUAAAUAUGUAUAAAUGUA